AUAUUUUUUUUUCUUUUUCACCACCCUCUAUUUUUUUCCUUCAUCAUUUCAUUUGAUGUAGGGUAUUUUGUCUUUUGAUAGCGCCUUGCUUAUUUUGAUUUUCAGAUGGAUAGAUAGAGAGAUAGAGAAAGUGUUAUAGGCAAAAAGAGAGAAAGUAAAGAGAGAAAAGAAAGAGAAAGCUGUUCUUGUGUGAAGGAGGGGAUCUGAUGUUUCCUUUUCGCGUUGAAUUUCACUCUUGCACUAUCCUUUUUUUUUGAGAGAGAGAGAGAGAGAGAGAGAGAGCGCAAAAGCAAAGCAAAAAUAUAGAGAGCUACAUAGAUUGCAUAGCAAUAGCUAUAGCUGCAUAGCAUAGAUAAAUAGAUUCCUAUAAGGAAAAAAAGCUUUCUAAAGCUAAAAAGGCUUUUUUAGCUUUUGAGAAAGAAAAAAAAAAAAAAACCUGAAAAUCACGAAUUUGUCCAUUUUGUACCAACCCAAGUUCACACCCUGUUUGUUUUGGUUGUGUUGUGAAUAUAACAUUAGUUUUUUCAUUCCAGAAAUUUUUAAGUUUGGAGAAAGAAGAAGAAGAAGAAGAAAAAUAACUGUAUUUUUGUUAGUUAAAAGGGUAGUUGGAAAUGAGAGCAGGAUUGAGUACGAUCCAGCAAACCCUUACGGCGGAGGCGGCGAGCGUGUUGAACCACUCGAUCGCGGAGGCGGGUAGGCGGAACCACGGCCAAACGACGCCGCUACAUGUGGCGGCGACGCUCUUGGCCUCUCCCUCCGGCUACCUCCGCCAAGCUUGUAUCAAGUCCCAUCCCAAUUCUUCGCACCCGCUCCAGUGUCGAGCUCUCGAGCUCUGCUUCAGCGUCGCGCUCGAGCGCCUCCCCACGGCUCAGAACCUCAGCCCCGGUAUCGAGCCACCAAUCUCGAAUGCUCUUAUGGCGGCGCUGAAGCGAGCGCAGGCGCAUCAGCGGCGUGGCUGCCCCGAGCAGCAGCAGCAGCCGCUUCUCGCGGUGAAAGUCGAGCUCGAGCAGCUGAUUAUAUCGAUUCUCGACGACCCGAGUGUGAGUCGAGUUAUGCGAGAAGCUAGCUUUUCGAGCCCGGCCGUUAAGGCCACAAUUGAACAGUCUCUGAAUUCGCCUUCGCCUUCGGCUUCCUCGAUUCCGAACUCGGGUCCUAUUGGAUUGGGAUUUAGAGGUGGACCCACUGCACCAAAUAGGAAUCUGUACUUGAAUCCACGGUUGCAGCAGCAGGGGAGUGCAGCCCAAUUGGGACAUCAGAGAGGUGAGGAGGUGAAACGAAUUGCUGAUAUUUUGCUGAGGAGCAAGAAGAGGAACCCGGUAUUGGUCGGCGAGUCGGAGCCGGAGGCGGUGGUUAAAGAGCUACUGAGGAGGAUUGAGAAUAAGGAAUUGGGUGAUGGGGCAUUGAAAAAUGCUCAGGUGAUCCAUUGGGACAGGGAGUUUUCUUCGGAUAGAGCGCAAAUAGCUGCUAAAGUUAAAGAAUUGGGCGACUUGGUUGACACCCGGAUUGCGAAUUCGGGUUCUGGUGGUGGUGUUAUUGUUAAUUUGGGCGAUUUGAAAUGGAUGGUUGAGCAACCGGUGAGUUUCGGGGUGGCGGGGGCGGGGGCAGGGCCUGGUUCGGGGCUGCAGCAGCAGCAGCAACAGGUUGUUUCGGAGGUGGGGCGUGCGGCGGUGGCGGAGAUGGGGAAGCUAUUGGGGAGGUUUGGAGAAGGGAGUGGGGGGCGGGUUUGGUUGAUUGGGACUGCCACUUGUGAGACUUAUUUGAGGUGCCAGGUUUAUCAUCCUUCUAUGGAAAAUGAUUGGGAUCUUCAGGCAGUGCCAAUUGCUCCUAGAGCGAUUCCGGGAGGAAUGUUUCCAAGGCUUGGCACCAAUGGGAUUCUCAGCAGCUCCGUUGAGUCUCUGUCUCCAUUGAAGGGCUUUACAGCUGGAGCAACCGCACCAAGACGUCUCUCUGAGAAUUUGGAUCCUGCUCGAAGAACAAGUUGUUGCCCACAAUGCAUGCAGAAUUACGAACAAGAGCUAGCAAAAAUUUUACCCAAGGAGUUUGAGAAAUCAUCUUCUGAAGUUAAAUCAGAAGCAGCUCGACCUCAACUGCCACAGUGGUUGCAAAAUGCUAAAGCCCAUGAUGACGAUGCCAAAACAACGGAUCAGACUCAGCCCAAGGACCAAGAACUGAUUUCAAAGCAGAGGAGUCAAGAUUUACUGAAGAAAUGGAUUGAUACAUGCUUUCGUCUUCAUCCUAGUUUUCAUCAUCCCAAUCUCAAUUCUGAGAGAAUUGCUCCUGUACCUCUCUCGAUAGCAGGCUUGUACAAUCCAAAUGUUAUUGCUCGCCGAUCUUUCCAACCCAAAUUACAAAUGAACAGACUUCUUGGGGAAACCCUGCAGCCGAACACUAAUCAAGUGCCCACUCAACCCUCUGAGAGGGCAGUUUCCCCACCAGACAGCCCUGUAAGGACAGACCUGAUUCUUGGGCGACCGAAGGUCAGUGAUACCAGCCCUGUCCAUAAAGAGCGCAUCAAAGACUUUUUGGGCUGCAUGUCUUCUGAACCACAGAACAACUUGCAUGAAAAGCAGAGCAAUAAACUGCUUAGCACAUUAGAUGCUGACUCAUUCAAGAAGCUCGUCAAGGGUCUAAUGGAGAAGGUAUGGUGGCAGCAGGAUGCAGCAUCGGCUUUAGCUACGAGUGUGACCCAGUGCAAAGUGGGCAAUGGAAAACAACGUGGUGCUGCAUCAAGAGGUGACAUGUGGAUAUUAUUUAUGGGUCCCGACAGGGUUGGCAAGAAGAAGAUGGCUUCAGCUCUUUCAGAACUGGUAUCCGAGUCCAAUCCAAUAAUGAUUUGUCUUGGUUCUCGACGCGAUGAUGGGGAAUCAGACUUGAGUUUCCGUGGUAAAACAGCUCUGGAUAGAAUUGCAGAGGCAGUUAGGAGGAACCCCUUUUCAGUAAUCAUGCUCGAGGACAUUGAUGAAGCAGAUACACUAAUCCGAGGGAGCAUCAAACGGGCAAUGGAAAGAGGACGGCUUGCUGAUUCUCAUGGACGGGAAAUCAGUCUUGGAAAUGUCAUCUUCAUUCUUACUGCUAAUUGGCUGCCAGAUAAUCUCAAAUACUUAUCCAAUGGAAUUUCACUUGAUGAAGAUAAGCUUGCCAGUUUAGCAAGAGGAGGUUGGCAUCUAAGAUUAUCCCUUUGUGAGAGGACUGCAAAACGAAGAGCCCAUUGGCUACACGACGAAGACAGACCAACUAAGCCUAGUAAGAAGGACACAAGUUCAGCUUUAGCAUUCGAUCUAAAUGAAGCUGCUAAUGCAGAGGAUGAAAGGGCAGAUAAUUCACACAAUUCAAGUGAUCUCACAAUUGAUCACGAAUAUGAGCAUGGCCUCAAUAGCAAUACGAAUACAAGAAUACCCACGACCUCAGCAGCACCUCGUGAACUCCUUGAGGCUGUCAAUGACACAAUUGUCUUUAAGCCAGUGAACUUAAGCCCCAUCCGCCGCAACAUCACAAGUUCUGUCAAUAAAAAAUUCACCACCAUCAUAGGCGAUGGAAUUUCAAUUGAAGUACAAGAUGAGGCACUGGAAAAGAUUACAAGUGGGGUAUGGCUAGGAAGAACAAGUUUAGAAGAAUGGACAGAGAAAGCAUUAGCUCCAAGUUUUCACCAGCUUAAGGCAUGCCUUCCCAACAAUAGCCUUAAUGAUUCAUCAAUGGUUGUUAGGCUUGAAAUUGACACCGAAUCAGAUAGCCGGAGCUUUGGGGAUUCAGAUUAUCUUCCUAGUAGUGUCAAGGUGGUGGCUAAGGGGUUGUGAAUAAUGUGGCUUGUGAGGCAAGGUAGUUUGCCACUUUUGUAUUGGAUACAGAGAUGUAAAUAUACUGCAAUAUUUGGCGGGGGAGUAAACGGUUGAAAGUUUAAAAGGGCUAAAGAGAAAAGCCGUUAGAAGUUUAGAAGAGGGUAUCGUUGAUGAUAGAUUUGACGGGGCCUUUUUAACUACAAGACAGACAAUAUUGUGGCUUCUUUAUUAUUUAAUUUCUUUAUGUUUUUCUUCUUCACA